AUGGUUAAGUGCAAAAAAGUCCCCCCCCCCCCCCGCUUGACCCUUCACUUUCUUACUCAUCAAAAUCACCAUUUUCAUUGGAAAAAAGCAACUCUCUCAAUUGUGGUCGUUCUAUAUGGAAGACGAAUCCAAACACAAUCAACAUCUUCAGAAAUUAAAGUAGAGAUUGAGUUUGAAAGAAAGAAACAAGAAAUAUUAGCAGCUCAGAAUGUAUUAGCUAGGGAAGAAGAAACAAGUUCAGCUGCUCAACCUUCUCAAUUAAACGAAAUGGAUAUACGGGUGCAAUCGGUUGGUGGAAAGAAACAAGGAAGAGUCAAAGGCCUUGGAUCCCUGGUUCGAACUGUAAAGGCAUCAAACCAAUCAACAUCGACUUUGCUGAGUGAAAUUGAUGAGAUGAUUAGGUCUCAGGUAAAUGCUUCAAAUAUUGAUUUGUAUGCUUAGUUGGAGAACGAGCGACACAAAAAUAAGAAAAUGAGAAAGGAAUUAGACUUGUUGAAGAAUCAUGUAUACAAGAAGUCAUCUUUAAAUAAGAGAUCAUCUCAGGAAGAAGACAACCAAGCUUAUGAGAAUGAAAUUGAUGAUAACUCUAAUGACAUGAAUGAAAGAGAUUCUGACCUUGAUAACGUGGAUGAAAGUGACUAUAAUUAUGAUUGAGAUGGCUGGUAGUAUUAUUGAGGGUUUAAAUUUGAAAUAUUUUAUUUUGGACCAUUUAAGAAUCAUACAUUAUUGACAUGGAUGUUAUGAGUUAUGUUUUUUGUUAGUUUGAAUGAUUUACUUUAGACUUGUGUUGAAU